AUGUACAACAGUGCAAGUAAGGUCUGGGAGAAGCAAAGGUCGAAGCUAGAUCUGGGAGAAGACAGCGUGGAAUACUGUUCGAGCGGCAGGAAUGAGUCCGGCAAGCAGGCAGAGGCACAGGGCACGGCAGGAAGGGGAGGUCGAUCGCUGAUCUCGCUGAACAUGGAUGCCCUGUAUCGUAUCCUGAGUGUCUGA